AUGCCCACAGCAUUGUUACAUAUGAUCUCCGUUAAAGCAACAGACUAUAAACGAGUUUUUCAUUUCGUACUUGAAGAUGCUGACAUAAUCCUCAAAUCACAUAACGAGUUGAUUAAAAAAUUUCUAAAUUUGGCUGAUCAAGUUUUGAGACAUAGAAAUUGUCCAAAAUCAAUACAAUUAAUCAUGUGCGCUCAGCAUUGGACUGUCCAAAUGAAAGAUAUACUAUUAAAACUGAAUCAAGUUCCUACAGUGUGCAUAGGAAAUUAUUUGGAGGCAGCCCUAUAUGGCAGAAAUAAAUUUUCCAUGAAAUUUUUGGAUUCCAACAAUAAAGAAUCCAGCUUACAAAAAGUGCUUGAUAACAAAUACAAAUUCACCAAAUCAGUUCUUAUUUGUAAUGAGGAUGAAGUUGAAGAUAUCCAAACAUUUUUCACUGUGGAAGAAAUAGAAUAUAUGUCUUAG